CUCACAAUGCUCCCCACACUCUGUGCAGCUCAGCUCAACUCUCCAGCACUGGCUCAAAGUCUUCUCUCGGCUUCUUGAAUCGAUCCAGAAGAAAUGAUGGCAAUGUCUUCCCAGUGGAAAAUCUACCUGCCCGUCUGCCAGACGGACGCUCUUACUCUCUCUCUCCCACAGGCUAGCUGCGGCCAAUCGCAGGGGAGGAGGGGGGAGGGACUAGUUGAGAAUCCGCACCUUAUUGGCGAUGGUCUGAGCGAUUGGAUGACAGAAAAAGUGGAUUUUUCCUUUUACGUCCCUCCCCCUUCCUCUCACUUCUCUGCCCCCCAUCCCGACUCCUCCCUCCACUCCUCAUCCACCCAGCAUGACCCCCUGGUACCGUCCGACCUGGAGGUCAUGACCUCCCUGCUGCAGGAAGAGCUGGCACAGCUAGAGGAUUACUUCCUGUCCGAAUCGGAGAAACCGGAAAAAUGUGAGAAACCUCUUCAGACAACUGCCUACCAACUGCCGUACCACUGUCAUCAAUCCGGUCAAUCGGACGCCAGCCCGCUCCUGGUAACCCUGGCAACAGAAGAACUGGACCUGCUGAGCUUCUGCAGCGGCCCCACUGGCCGGCCCAAGAUCCCUAGACCCGCCCCUUACAGUUACAAUCGGCCAACCAGUAAUAAUAAUAAUAAUAGUAAUAAUCGCAGACGGUCCUCAAGCGGUAGUGGAAAUGUGGUCGAGGAGGAGCUGGCUGCGCACACUUGGAGAGGUAAAGGAAAUGUCACAGGCAGUGCAGAGAUGGCAGUCGGCUACAGCAUCGCUGGAGAGAAUGACAAAGUGACAGGAGGAGGUGUAUACUGCCUCGGCGGUUCAUUAGAGCCACUGCUAAAGGAAGAAGGGAGUUACUGUUUCCCAGAAAGCGCUGUCCAGCCUUUAGGGGAAUACUGCCCUUCACUAGAAGCGACAGGAAAGAAAGAGUUUUGUUUCAGAACGGUGACAGGUGGCGGGGAGGAGAUGGAAGCCGUUAGUCCAGCAGGUGGCAGCGAUCAUGUGAUAGAAAUUGGAGUAGGGAGGGAGCCAGAGGGGAGCUUCCUAG